UUUCACGUUCUAUUUCUAAAAUUUGUCAAAAAUAUUGAAUGGAAAAGGUUAUAGAAAAGAUGCCACCUUUAUUUAAAGAUAAAAUUGAACCUGCUUGGAGAAAUUUAGAUAAAUCUUUGAACCAAAAAAAUUUUGCCACAAACAUUUUAAGCAAAGUUGAAGAUACUACCAAAAUAAAUCGAAAAUAUAUUCUUUUAGGGUUAGUAAUAUUUAUUGCUCUUUAUUUAAUGUUCGGAUAUGGAGCUCAUUUAUUAUGUAACCUCCUUGGAUUUGCAUAUCCUGCAUAUGCAUCGUUUAAAGCUAUUGAAAGUAAAAAUAAAGAAGAUGACACUCAAUGGCUAGCAUAUUGGGUAGUGUUUGCUGUUUUCAGCCUGAUAGAAUCUUUUGCAGAUUUAAUAUUAUCAUGGGUGCCAUUUUAUUAUUUAGCAAAAUGUUUGGUUUUAAUCUACCUCUAUCAUCCUACCACUUUUGGGGCAAGAGUAUUAUAUAAAAAAUUUAUUCGUCCCUACAUGCUAAAAUAUCAAGGGGCUGUGGACACUGCUAUGAACAAAGCAAAUAAAUUGGCUGAAAAGAUCACUGAAGACACCAGAACUAAUGUUGUUUCAUCUUACACUGAUGGUCUUGUUCAUGAAAUAAGAAGCAAAGGUGAUUGAUAUAUUGGCAUGAUCUACCUGUACAACUAAAAAAAAAAUAUGAAAGGCACUGUAUUGAUUUUAUUUAACAUUUUGUACUUCGUUUUUUUGGAUUUUUUUUACUCAAUUUGUCACUUUUUUAUCGAUUAUUUUUACAUAAUAUUAUAAAAUUUAGGAUUGUAUUUGAUUUAUACUAGUCCACAACCCCCCCGUGAUUAAUUUAUUCUAGUUUAUUCCCUAAAAUUACAAGACCAUGUAUUUAUAAAUAUGUAAUCGAUCUGCUACAAAACCGUAUUAACAGUUAAAAUUAUAUACCUUUUUCAAAUUAUUAAUCAACAUUUAUUAUAAUUUUUUUUAACCCUGUUUUAUAAUGUUUUAUUAAUAUAUUUUUUUACAAAAAAAUGCACCUAAUGUGAUAUAUCCUAGAUACAUGGCGUUAUAUUUCAUUCGCAUAGAUCGUUUUUAUUAUCUGUUCAAUAAAUAGAUCAUUUCAUCGAUUUAAACAGAAUAUUUUAUUGAGCAUUUUUAUAUAAAUAUUAUGCUUUUCUUUGUAAUACUUAAUCUUUGGGAUCAACCAUUAAUAUGAACAAUAAAAAAUCCACAUUUAA